AUGCCAAACACAACAUCACCUUUGUGUGGUUACGAUUUCAGUUUUCCCGUAAAUCUCACAAAUAUCUCACCUGGCGUUUAUUCUGCGUAUGCCAUGACUGUCGCUUUUAAUAUCUUCACUUGCCCUCUCGCAAUUUUGCUGAAUAUUAUGGUAAUAAUUGCCGUGAAAACAAAUCGACAACUUCGCACAAAAUCUAACAUUUCGCUGGCUUGUUUGGCUACGACAGAUUUUGCCGUAGGACUCAUUGUUCAACCUUUGUACAUAGUCCUUUUCAUCUUUAUCCACAAAGGUGGCAGGACCCAAAACGCGAUCUGUGAUGUUAUUGACGUAUCCGACUCGGUUGGCCAAACAUGUGUUGCAGCAUCAUUUCUCCAUUUGUUGUUAGUGAGCGGAGAGCGUUAUCUAGCGAUUAAACACCCCUUCGCGUAUGAAAAUGGCCUGGUAACUGAAGCUCGUAUCAUCAUGGCAUCUGGCUUGGCGUGGAUGUGUGCACUGACAAUCUAUAACGUUAAUAUCGACAUCUUUAAAGGAAUACAAGUUUUUCUGACCAUUGCUAUCAUCUCCACAGUGAUGUAUAUUCAUAUCGUCGUAUACAAAGAAGUUCGUCGUAACACAUUGCAAAUCAUAACCAACCAAGUUUCUUUAGAAGUAAAAGAAAAGUUAUUGAAAAAUAAGAAAGCCUUUAACACAACUGUCGUAAUACUCCUGACACUUUUGCUUUGUUAUAUUCCGAUAAGUGUUUGGAUGAUUAUUUUUAUGUCUUCGAAUGGAAAGAUCUCAUCUGAAGAUGGACAAAUCGUUUUCUGUCUUGCUGGGUUCCUCGUGGUGCUAAAUUCGUCGAUAAACCCACUUAUCUUUACUGUAAGAAACAGACAGUUUCGCGUAGCUUUCAUUCAGCUGUUAACAAGAAAAACCCUUGUGCAAGCCGAGGAACUUGAAAACAAGAUAUUUGGAUCUAAUCAUGCGGCAGUUGCAUAA